GGCCCGCCCCCGCCCCCGGCCCCGCCCCGCGCCGCGCCGCUCUCCGCCGGGUUAGCACUGACGUGUCUCUCGGCGGCGGAGGAGCUGCGCUCCGGAGCAGGCGGCGUCACUCCACUCGGAGCGCAGCGAAGCCGGAGCGGGGCGCCGAGCCCGAGCAGCCGCCGCCAUGGCGAUCAAGUUCCUGGAAGUCAUCAAGCCCUUCUGUGUCAUCCUGCCCGAGAUCCAGAAGCCGGAGCGCAAGAUCCAGUUUAAGGAGAAGGUGCUGUGGACAGCCAUCACCCUCUUCAUCUUCUUAGUAUGCUGUCAGAUCCCUCUAUUUGGUAUUAUGUCCUCCGAUUCUGCGGACCCUUUCUACUGGAUGCGAGUGAUUCUGGCCUCCAACAGAGGCACACUCAUGGAGCUGGGUAUCUCUCCAAUUGUCACCUCGGGCCUCAUCAUGCAGCUCUUGGCCGGCGCCAAGAUUAUCGAAGUUGGUGACACCCCAAAAGACCGAGCCCUCUUCAACGGAGCCCAGAAGUUGUUCGGCAUGAUCAUCACCAUCGGCCAGUCUAUCGUGUACGUGAUGACGGGCAUGUACGGGGACCCCUCGGAGAUGGGCGCUGGGAUCUGCCUGCUCAUCACCAUUCAGCUCUUUGUGGCGGGCUUGAUCGUUCUCCUUUUGGAUGAGCUUCUUCAGAAAGGCUACGGCCUGGGCUCUGGCAUCUCCCUCUUCAUCGCCACCAACAUCUGCGAGACCAUCGUGUGGAAGGCCUUCAGCCCCACCACCGUCAACACCGGCCGAGGCAUGGAAUUUGAAGGCGCCAUCAUCGCACUGUUCCAUCUCUUGGCCACGCGCACAGACAAAGUCCGAGCCCUUCGAGAGGCCUUCUACCGCCAGAAUCUCCCCAACCUCAUGAACCUCAUCGCCACCAUCUUUGUUUUUGCCGUGGUCAUCUAUUUCCAGGGCUUCCGGGUGGACCUGCCCAUCAAGUCUGCGCGCUACCGGGGCCAGUACAACACCUACCCCAUCAAGCUGUUCUACACCUCCAACAUCCCCAUCAUCCUGCAGUCCGCCCUGGUCUCCAACCUCUACGUCAUCUCCCAGAUGCUGUCGGCCCGCUUCAGUGGGAACCUGCUCGUCAGCCUGCUGGGCACCUGGUCUGACACGUCUUCUGGAGGCCCGGCCCGCGCCUACCCAGUUGGUGGCCUGUGCUACUACCUGUCCCCGCCGGAGUCCUUUGGCUCCGUGUUGGAGGACCCCGUCCACGCGGUGGUCUACAUCGUCUUCAUGCUGGGCUCCUGCGCCUUCUUCUCCAAGACCUGGAUCGAGGUCUCGGGCUCCUCUGCUAAGGAUGUGGCCAAGCAGCUGAAGGAGCAGCAGAUGGUGAUGCGGGGCCACAGGGAGACGUCCAUGGUGCACGAGCUCAACCGGUACAUCCCCACGGCGGCCGCCUUUGGGGGCCUGUGUAUCGGGGCCCUCUCGGUCCUGGCUGACUUCCUGGGCGCCAUCGGCUCGGGGACCGGGAUCCUGCUGGCGGUCACCAUCAUCUACCAGUACUUCGAGAUCUUCGUCAAGGAGCAGAGCGAGGUGGGCAGCAUGGGCGCCCUGCUCUUCUGAGAGCCACGCCUGCCCGAGGACCAGGGAGGACGCCGGGCGGUGCCUCGGAAGGCAGCGGUGGCCCCGGGCAGCGGAGCUGUGGCGCAUGGGGACAUGGGCUGGGUGGCAUCUGCCCUCCUGUCCACCGCGAGGCUGGCCACCCCCAGCGGGGCCCCUCUCCUCCUCCUGGCUUUGGCAGCUGCAGUCGUGACAGGGACGGUGAGCGCUGUCCCCAUCAUCUGUCAGACUUUUGUUUUGGCCUCCCCUCCCCCCUCAGUGACAUGUGCAGCCACCGUGGCGUCCCUGGUCCCCACAAAGGUGGCUUUUUGACUCUGGUUGGAAGCACAAAAUCUCUUGUGUGUGGCCUUAGGGUGGUCGGGCGUCGGGUUGCACCUCCUCUUGGGGACAUGGACAGCAUCACCAGCAUGUCCCUGUUGUCACCAGCGGUGGCACUGUCUGGCUCAAGACUGUUCCCGUGGGGGGCAUUGGGUCCCUGGCCACUGGCGGCCGCUCUCCCACUGAGUGUCCGGUGGGGCAGAGCCAGGGCUGCCGUCCCCGCCAUCUCGUGGCCACCUCGUGGCCUGGCAGCUUUGUCCUCGUCCAGGAGAGGCCUGGGGUCGCCACCUCCCCCCGUCACCUGGCCAAGCUCGGUGCCCUCGGGGGACCACCCCGCCGCGUCCGCUUGUCCAGACUCCAGUCAGCCAUUGUGCGACCUCACCGUGCAGCUCCCCUGUGCCCCUGGGAAGGGUCGUGUUCCGUCUCCCCCUGUGUUUCUAGAACGUUCUUACUGCACUUAGGGACCAAAUGCAAGUAAGGGGACAGCGAGGCGCCACCAGCUCUCUCAGCCUCCACCACACUCAGCCUCCACUGCAUUCGGAGGCCGGGAGGGGAGGCUCAGGCUCAGGGCGGCCAUCAGCUCAGGGUCAGGGACUCGGGGUCCCCAGGAAGGUGCUCUGGUGUCUGAGACAAAAAGACAAUGACGUCUGUGGUGACAGGUGACGUAGACCACGGAGCUGGGGACCUUCCCGGAGGUCUCAGGAGGCCCCUCUCAGACACAGCUGCAGAUUCC